AUGGCUAAGACUUGCUGCAUCAAGUGCACCCCCAUCAAACCCCCUGUGGCCUGUGAAGAGUCCCCUGGAUGGUGGGGCACUGUUAAGACUGCUGCACUUGUUUUGGCAGCAGGAUUAGCAGUUUACACUGCAGUUAACAUGCUAUCUGGUGCUGGAGGUAGUGAAGACCAGGCUGGUGAGGAAGGAGCUGCUGCAGAAUAA